GACGAUGACGGCCCGCACUUCGAGCCUGUGGUGCCUCUUCCGGAUAAGAUCGAGGUGAAAACGGGCGAGGAGGACGAAGAAGGGCUCUUCUGCAACCGGGCCAAGUUGUUCCGUUUUGAUGGAGAAUCCAAAGAGUGGAAGGAACGCGGCAUUGGCAACGUGAAAAUACUAAGGCACAAGACGUCUGGCAAAAUUCGCCUUCUCAUGAGACGGGAGCAAGUGUUAAAAAUUUGUGCGAAUCAUUACAUCAGCCCUGACAUGAAGCUGACACCAAAUGCUGGAUCAGACAGGUCUUUUGUAUGGCAUGCCCUUGACUAUGCAGACGAAUUGCCAAAACCAGAACAACUUGCUAUUAGGUUCAAAACUCCUGAGGAAGCAACACUUUUUAAGUGCAAGUUUGAGGAGGCUCAGAGCAUUUUAAAAACCUCAGCCACAAAUAUAGCCACAGCACCAAAUCAGAGUAUCAGAAUUGUAAAAGAACCCACGAGUCAUGACAACAAGGAUAUUUGCAAAUCUGAUGCCGGAAAUGUGAAUUUUGAAUUUCAAGUUGCAAAGAAAGAAGGGUCUUGGUGGCAUUGUAAUAGCUGCUCCUUAAAGAAUGCUGCAACUGUUAAGAAUGCGUGUCAUGCCAAAAUCUAA